UCGUAAUCCCCGAUAAUCUGCUCCGAAAAAAAAAAAAAAAAGCCGCUGAUUGUCAUGCACAGGCUUUCCAUUUUCACUCUCACUUUCUCUGUUUGCAAGUUCGUUGUGAUGUUGCAAGAAGUGAUCAGACUGAAGAAAGAGGAUGUGACAGUGAAAUUGAUGGCAUGAGUGAAAAACCCACUAACGGAGAGCUAAGUUUGAGAGAGAAAUAUUCUAAUCUUUCGUUUGGUACAUGUUGAUAUCGAUGGGGUUUUUUUUUUUUUUUUUUCUCUGGGAGUAGUAAAACCAAUUAUGCCAUUCCUUUCAGAAAGACCAGACGAUAAAAAUAGAGUUCUUUUGUUUAUAAAUGGCAGUAAUCUUGUCCAUGUAUGUUCUGGACGGAAAAUAAGGAACCCUUGUUUUGAUUUCUAGUCAUUUUCUCUUGGUGCCCAUAAAUGGAAGCUACAGAAAUCUAGGAGGUUUUUCAAUUUAUCAUAAACAACUUCUUUUUGUGUUUUGUUUCAUUUUGUUUCUGGGUUUUAUUGAUGGAGCUAAGGGCAUUUCAGUUGUGUUUUUCUAGGAAGAAAUAGAGUUUGUUCUUCGGUUUGAGAUUGUCACCAGUAGCUGCAAUUCAUGGCUGAUUCUGGGAAAUAUUUACUCUGAUAAUCACAGACACUGCAAAUCAACAUUAUUUUCUUCAGUACUAUCUGAGAAGAGGGAGUUAUGCUGAGAAAUAGAUCCAGAGCAAUGACCAGCAAGCAAUCUAUAAUGGCUGCAGAUCACAGCUCUCAAGCAUCUUCCGCCCAAAAACGCACCAGACCCGUAGCAUUUUUCUUUGGUUGUCCAAGAUUUAGAGCUUUCAAAGCAAAGGGUCUCUCCGAGACUCAAACUGUGGUGAGUCCAACCUCAAUUCUUGACACCAUACCAUUCUGUUCUCUUGGAAACCCAUUCACAUAUGACAGAAGCCGAUCCAUAUCCGCAAAAUCUUCCUCAGAAAGCAAACACUCAUGGGAGGCAAAUGACUCGAAAGGCAUUGGCCUUGCUCUUAUAGAUACUCUACAUGAUGGAAGUAUUGAAGAGAAUUCUUUUGAACCCACCAGUCGAAAGGUGAUAUUUGGUACAAAGCUUAGAGUUCAAAUCCCUCCCCUGCCACCUUCUACACUAUCUCCAACCGAGUCUCCAAAAUCUCCGGCUGACUUCGGAAUCAAAACCAAGAAUUUCAAAUUAUCAGAAUUUGGGUCUCCAAGUUCUGUCAUCCAGACUAAGCAUUCUCCACGAGUUGUCACGGUUAAUCUCUCUGUGAGUGAGAUGGAGCUUUCUGAGGAUUAUACAUGUGUCAUAUGUCGUGGGCCUUUUCCAAGAACCACUCAUAUAUUUGAUGACUGCAUCGUGGAGACCUACAGUUCUUUACCGGGUGAGCCAAGCUCUUCCUCGGAGAACUUCCUAAGUUUCUGUUUCACUUGCAAGAAGACUCUUGAACAGACUGAAGACAUUUACAUCUACAGGGGUGAGAAAGCCUUUUGCAGUCAUAAAUGCCGCCACCAAGAAAUGCUGUUAGACGGAGUGGAGAAUCCUGACUUUGAUCAUCCCCAUGAAGAAUUCUCUUGAUCAGCAGCAACCUUUCCUCCUCCACGUACAGCUCAAAAAGGCUGCGUUUUCAGCAGUAUAUCGUUACUUUUUAUAAUCAGGAUGAUUUAUUUUAGGGUCAAAAACAGUUAAAUCAGGGUGGUUUCUGUUUUCUUUCCUUUUUCCCUCCUUUUUCCCUCUAGUUUUUGGACUGUUAUUUGCUUUUUACCCUGUCCCGUGCAGAUAGAGAUAAGACAGGAUGGGAUAUUGUAGUCUUUUCCCACGGUUUUUUGGCUUGCAGUAGACAAUGAUAUCUCAUUGAAAACUUGGGGCUAUGUAUUAUUUUUCCCAUUAAUCAUCACGCACAUUAUUAUA